GAAUUACUCUGGUUACAAUUUGCUUGCUGCAUUGCUGUUUCGCAUCAUUGCAUUGCUCUUGUAAAAGUUUGUGAAAAUUAAAAAUGGCGGAAGAUUUAGCUUCUAAUCUUAAUAGUUAUCAAAUUCAAUUGCAGCAGGUUGAAGCAGCUUUAACGAAUGAACCAGACAAUGAAGAACUGUUGAAGCUGAAAAAAGAUUUACAGGAAGUCAUUCAGUUAACAACUGACCUUAUUGCUGCUAACACAGAGAAAAGUUCAAGUUCGCUUGGGCAUGGAGGUUCUAGUAAAGAAUCUGAUGCCUCGUCUGGGUCAUGGAUUAUUGGGGAAAAAUGUCUUGCCCCAUGGUCAGAAGAUGGACAAUAUUAUGAAGCUGUAAUUGACGAUGUCACAGAGGAUGGACAGUGUACAGUUAGUUUUACUGCUUAUGGAAAUACAGAUGUAUGUGAUGUUGAACAAUUAAGGCCUAUAGACAAAGACAGCAGUCAGCAUCCAGAGGGAUUAUCCAAAUCAAGGAAACAAUUACUCCAAGCACAAAAAGAUUACAAGAAAAAGAAAGCACAGAAAAAAGCUCAAAGGAUGAAGCAACUUGAAGAAGAAAGGGAAAAGGAAAAAAUGAAGUGGCACAGUUUUAAUGCAAAAGCUUUCAACAAGAAGGGCCAUGUAAAGAAAAGUAUUUUUGCUUCUCCAGACAACAUUAAUGGUCGUGUGGGCAUCGGGACGUGUGGCAUCGGUGGCCGGCCCAUGACAGAGUUCCAGCAACAGGAGAAAUGGCGGCGAGGGCCUGCUGGAGGUAUACUAGGCAACAUCAAGGCAGGAGCUGCUUUGAAGGGGCAACACUCUGCACGUUAAGAGAAAAAAAUAAGUUGGCAAUAUAUCCACUCUGAAAAUAAUUUCUCACAGCAAGUUCAAUGAAAUAAAUCUUUCUCAUAAAUUUAUUUUCAUUUUUUUUUUAUUCCUUUUCUUGAAUUAUAUGUUAGAAAAAGUCUAUCUAAAUUUUUCCUUUUGAUUAGUAUAAUUUGACUAUAUAUAUAUAUUGCCGAUAAAGUAUAACUUAAAAUAUUUCACACACAGAGAAAUUUCAUCUGUGCUCUGUAAAUUUAUUUGAAGCUUUCAGAACAUUGUCUCAUCCAAUAAAAAAAAAAAGACUUAUUUUAUGAAAAAUUACACAUAUAAUUUUUUCAAGCUGUAUAUGACUGGUAUUAGUUGCUCACUUUGAAGUUCAAUGUUAGUUUUGAUAUCAUUUAUCUUUAUAAUUGAAAUUGCCUGAUACUUUCACAAUGUUCACUUUAAUAUUGUAAAGUAAUUGCUGUAUAAUUGUUUCUCUUUUAUAUUGCAUUUGUCUGAAAAAUUAUUAUUACUGUGUUAGAAUUGAAUAGAUUGUUUUGAACUUUAUAAUGUUUCUCAUUAUGUUAAAGAACUUGCUGUUUGGAAUUAGAGUGGUAUUGUUUCUGCUGUGCACGGCUAUGCAGAUUGUCUCAUAUUGUAUAAAAAUCAACCUGUUCACUUGUGUUUUUUAAUAAAAUAGAUUUUAUUUUAUUUUUUCCAUAUGUAAAUAAAGUUAUGUGUAUCAUA